AUGUGCCUCUCAUUUCGUGAUACUAUGCAAAGGGUGCGGAGGAUCUUUCAGCAGCCGAUAGAUAUUAUCUCUCCACCCCCUCCUGAGAUGUGGCGCCUUUUCGUUGCCCUCAACAAAGACCCAUCCGAAAGCUUCAACUACAAAGAGACCGACCAGUACAAACUUGAUGUCGGAUUCUUCGACCUAGCAAUUGAUAAGAUCGACUCCUUCCCCUGCCUCUUCUCAUCUUGCGCAAAAGAAAAACUGGAUCUCUACAGUUUAGACUUGGGUGAUAAAAACACUAAGGACUCCACCCUAUCCAUCGAGAAGAACAUUGGAAAAACAGACUUCAAAUCUUUCGGUGGUACCCCAGUCUCACAUUUCCGACGCUUACGCCUUCUCGCGGAUCAUUUAGUCCGGAUGGCAUCUGAAUAUCGAUUUAGGAGGAUGACAAAGGAUGGGAAUUUUGAUAGCAAGCCUCUCGCAUUCACUAUCUGUCAAUGGAGAGAGUUUGGGUAA